CGGUAUGUAAAUGAGCUCGUGUAAAGCAGGAAAUGCUGUUGCGUCUGUGUCUAUCUGUAGAUGAGACAAGGAGAGAAGAAAAUACCAGAAAAAAGCACGGAUAAUGCAAGGCUAAAUAAAAACACACUCCUCUACAUCUGACCGAUACAGGGAAACGGAGAGGUUUGGGAUCGAUUGGGGAACGAGAAAUUGACCAGAUCACUGUGAGCUACAGUCCACACCAAUAACAUCCUCAGUCUUCGUCAGAGAAUACGAGAACACCUACGAACGCAGAUAUGAACCCUCAUGAAUCGGAGGUGUACACGGUGGCGCCGGAGAUGCCAGCCAUGUUUGACGGCAUGAAGUUGGCGGCGGUGGCCACGGUUCUCUACGUCAUCGUCCGGUGUCUAAACUUGAAAAGUCCCACCGCUCCGCCGGACCUCACUUACCAGGAUACAGCACUUAACCUCUUCCUGCUCAAGUCCUGUCCUAUUCUGACCAAAGAGUACAUUCCUCCUCUACUCUGGGGUAAAAGUGGUCAUCUGCAGACGGCCCUCUAUGGAAAGUUGGGUCGGGUCAGUGCACCACACCCGUUCGGCCUGCGCAAAUAUCUGCCCAUGCAGGACGGAGCCACGGCAACCUUUGACCUCUUUGAACCGCUGGCGGGUCAUCAGUCCGGAGAGGACGUCACCAUGGUCAUCUGUCCUGGCAUUGGGAACCACAGUGAGAAGCACUAUAUCCGCACGUUCGUGGAUUAUUCACAGAAACAGGGCUACCGCUGUGCUGUGCUCAAUCACCUCGGGGCCUUGCCGAACAUUGAGCUUACCUCCCCUCGCAUGUUCACCUACGGCUGUACAUGGGAGUUUGCAGCAAUGGUGGGCUUCAUCAAAAAGACGUAUCUCCAGACCAAACUUAUCGUGGUGGGCUUCAGUCUUGGGGGGAAUAUCGUGUGCAAGUUCCUGGGAGAGAACCGUACCAACCAGGAGCGGGUUCUGUGUUGUGUGAGCGUGUGCCAGGGCUACAGUGCACUGAGGGCUCAGGAGACGUUUCUGCAGUGGGACCAGUGCCGUCGUUUCUAUAACUUCCUGAUGGCCGACAACAUGAAGAAGAUCAUUUUGUCUCACAGGAGCGUAUUAUUCGGCGUGGGCUCCACUAAAAUGGUGGACACGGAUCUGAGCCGGCUUUACACUGCCACAUCUCUCAUGCAGAUCGAUGACAACAUCAUGAGAAAAUUCCAUGGGCACAACUCUCUGAAGGAGUACUACGAGAAGGAGAGCUGUGUUCAUUACAUUCAUAAUAUAAAUGUGCCUCUGCUGCUGGUGAACUCUGGUGACGAUCCGCUCGUGCACAACUCACUGCUCACCAUCCCUCGCACACUCGCAGAAAAGAAAGAAAACGUGAUCUUCGCUCUGACGCUGCACGGGGGACACCUGGGUUUCUUCGAGGGCGCUGUGCUGUUCCCUCAUCCCCUCACCUGGAUGGACAAGGUCAUCGUGGGCUACGCCAAUACCAUCUGCCAGUGGGAGAAACAGAAACCCCCGUGUCUAAGUCAAGGCGCCCAUUCCAUCGAAACCAAAUGCCAAGACAGUAAAUCCUAACCGAUCCCGUCUCCGUUUCACCUCCACGGGACAUUUUCACCACGCACACGAGGGGUCGGACCACCAUCUUCAAGCAUUCACUGUCAGUGGGAAUAUUUGUUUCUCUUUUUUAUCACGGUUUAUCACCUACAUAAAUCGUAACGACUUUCCAAGGGAGAAAACAAUGCCACUCGUUGACCAAAAUACAAUCAAAGCACCCGUGUAGCGAAGGCGGCGUUUUAGACUUACUGUAGUUUGUAGUUAAGAUAAAAUCAGUAUCUCUUGCUCUCUAACUAGGACACUGAAAACUGAAAGUUUAUCACUGCUAAAACAAGAUCUGGCAGAGCUGGGUCAAUCUCACAAAAAUCAAAAACGGUGGGAAAAAUUUUGUAUUUAUUGGAAAAUAUUUUGCAUAAACAAAAAGACGACUAUUCAAAUAUACAGCAUUAAUAUAAGCACAUUUUUCCCCCUUUUCUUUUUUUCUUUGGUAAUUUUUGAUAAAUUUUCAGUUGUUCGUUGGGUUUUCUUUUUUUUUUUAGCUGUGUAUCAUGCUUUUACGAUGUUGCACACUCAAAACAUUUAUUUGUAAUACAAUAAUCUAAAUCACCAUUAAUGAAAGGCAGUGCAACAGAUAACACAGCGUUUAUAAUUCAAUAACAAUAUAUUUUUUGAAUAUAACAAUAUAAUAGGGAAUGAAAUGGUUUUAUUUUAAGAUAUCGCAACAUUGACACAAUGCAAAAAAAAAUGUAAUGGUCCUUAAAAUAAGAUAUCUAAAAGAACUCAUUGGUUUUUGGCUUGAAAUAUAACCUAGACAUGUUUUUGACCAGUUUUGUGAGAUUCACCCAAGCGGCACACAGAUUUUACUGUUCAUAACACACGAGUUUCUGGGAAGUGAGUGUUAUGCAGGCACUGUGUGCUUCUAGAUAUGACCGGCAUGCUGUUUGAGUGCAUAUUAUUACUUAAUAUUAAUCUACUGUAUUCAGUUCUUGGUCUGUUAACCGUUUAAACACAGGCUAGAAUUCAUGUCACUCUUAUUUUAAACCUAACUAGACCUUUUCAAGUGUGACAGGAGAAACUUUAUUACUCAUGAAGCCUCGUCGGUCGAAUCCAAGUCACAUUCCUAGGCAGUCAGUUUUUGUUUAGCACUUUUAUAUGACGAUGAUCCCUUGUGAUUACCGAAACGUGUUGACUGUCCUCACUUGCGGGCCGUCCCACAAGCACUACGACCCGGUUUUAGACGGCAAAUCCUGCUCCUGUGGAGAACAGCACACGCUGUUGCUGCAGUAUUGACUCGUGUUUGUGGAGAACCAUUGAAGGCGAUAAAUCUAGAUGAUUGUGUAACGUGUCGAUUUGGGACCCAGUGGGAGACCCGAGUGCAUUUCCUGGUGCACGUCUGUGAAAACUGGUUACUUAAAGGUUUUUUUUUGUGCUGUUGUAUUGUUUUAGGGGUUUUUCUUUAUCUCGUUCAUUUCCGUUUCGCUGUUUUGUGCAAUAACUUGAUGAAUUUAUUUGUUGCUUUAACACUUGGAAUUGAGAGGGUCUGAAGUGGAGCUGAUCUUCUUCUUGUUACCCAUUAGAGUAAUCCGAGGGGAAAAUAUAUUAGAUAUAAGUUUACAUUUGAAGGGAACAUCCAAAGUGUUAUUUCCAAAGGCCUCUGAAACCUUUAACACAGUAGUUUGGUUUAGCGCGGUUAGAUUUGAUUCAGGGUGUUUUAGGCAAGGCAUAAUAAGCCAGCAGCCACAAAAUGGCCAGGUAAUAUUUCACUGCAAAAAAAAAAAAAAAGCCUUUUGGUUUAAGAAUAUUAUAUUUUACCUUUUUUUUUUUUUUUUUUUUUGGGGUACAUUUGAUUUUUUCUGAUUAAAUUUUCUUCCCACAUUAAUUCGUACUACUUUUUUCUAAUUUUUGUAACAGAUUUCUUACAGAUCAGAUCUCUUUUUUUGGUAAAAAUAAUAUUAUUCAUCAUUGUUUUUUUUUUAUUAAUCCAUAUAUAUGUGUAUGUGUAAUAUAUAUAUAUAAUUUUUUUUUUUUUUUUUUUUUUUUUUUACACAAACACAAUUUUUUUUUUUUGGUGAAAUAUUACUUUGCCAUUUCUGGACAUAUUUUAUUGAGAUUUUAUAAUCUUUACUGAUUUAUCAUCAUGCUAAAUUUAUUAUUUGCGUUUCUAAAGGAAAAAACGGAAAAAGCAGCUUGAUGACCAAAAAAAUAAAAUAAAUAACCUGUGUAAUGUUUAGUAUACGUGACCGCUGAGUGCAGAUUGUCACUGAUUGGCUAAAACCCUCAGUUAUAUGUGGUGAAAUAUGUGCAUUUUAACAAACGUAAUUGCCUUCAAAAUUAGUGUUCAGCCGUCAGAAGUGAAGCAUCUUCUUAAAGGAGUGUGCUGUGUGUCGAAAGAGUCUUUACCAAUCAGCACCCCCUGUGGGUUAUCAGAUGUAAAUGCACGCUCCUCUCUGUUAGGUUUUGUUUGGUCUUUUUGUCGAUUAGUCUCUGUAGUCAGUGGAGGUAAAGCGGAAAGGUGUUGUAAACAUGAGUCUAAAAGAGUUGGGUGUCAGUGUUCGGCUGUUUCCGGUGAUUGGAUCUUUUUGGCCUUUUGCACCAGCACAAAUUCAAUCUCUGAUGUCGAUCCAGUUUGCCUUUCUGAAUGUCUCCCACUUACUUUUUGCACAGAAAACACGGGCUUAUGUUGUAUAUCCUCUACAAACGUUAACGAUUUUUCUGUUUGUUGUUAUGUUUUACAUUACUUUCAAUGUUAUUUUUAUUCUCUAAUGUACAAAAGUAUGAUUUGUAAACGAGUGUAUGUGAAUGUUUGCAUCAUAUCACCACGUCUGCUUGUGAAAACACCAACAAACUCACAUUGGAAGGUAAAAAUACGAUAUAUUGAUGGUUUAUGGAAACCUGGGGACUUUAAUUUGUUUGACGAUCAGCAAUAAUGCUUUGGAUUUUUUUUUUUCUUCUCUUAUUCUCCAAGCCAAACUGAGAUGAAUCGCUCAAAAAGAUAAUAUUGUGUCAAAUGGAGUUUAGAGAAAAUGUUUUCUUGCUGCAGUCAAGUAGGAAUUAUAAAAGGAAAGUGAAAGGCCAUGUAUAUUAAUAAAAAGAAAAGUCUAUUUUCAGAAUCUAGAGAGAAGAUUCACAAAGCAUUGAGAUUGUCACUGUAAGAUCUGUUCCUACUCUUCUGCCCCAUAUUCUCAUCACGGUUUAUUGUGUUUGAUGGCUGGUUUUUGAAUGUCAUUUUUCAUGACCUCAGAACCCCAUGCAGCACAAUAUCUCAAUCACUGGUGUGUUUUUGAUUUGGAAAACCAAUGGUGUGUGAUCGAAUAAUUUAUUAUUACCAGAAUGGUUAAUGUGUUCCAGAAAUAAAUUAUUUUCUUGUUUAAAAAAAAAAAAAAA